AUGUUUAUAGAAUUAAGGUUUCUAAUUUCAUUAAUUUUCUUACCGUUAUUAAUCUUCGCACAAGAUUAUUAUAAAAUCUUAGAGCUCGACAAAGAUGCAACAGAUAAAGAUAUAAGAUCAGCAUACAGACAACUAUCCAAAAAAUACCAUCCUGAUAAAAAUCCCAACGAUGAGGAUGCCCAUCAUAAAUUUAUUGAAGUGGGUCAAGCCUAUGAAAUUUUAAGUGAUCCAGAAAAGCGUCAAAGGUACGAUCAAUUCGGUCCGGAAGGUGUAAAUGGGCAAAAUGGUGGUGGUCCCGGCGGUGCUGGAUUCCAUGAUCCAUUCGAUAUAUUUGAACAAAUGUUCGGUGGUGGAGGUGGAAUGGGGGGUCAUGGUGGUAAUCCAUUCCAACAGCAAAGACAAAGAGGUCAAAACGUGGUGGCAAGAGAAUCUACAUCUUUAAAAAACUAUUAUAAUGGUUACGUUUUGAAAUUCUCUAUAAAUUUGAAUGAUAUUUGUGAUCAUUGUCAUGGGAGUGGUUCUAAUGAUGGAAAAUCCACGAAAUGUCCAGAUUGUCAGGGUCGUGGUGUCACUGUACAAGUCAUUAGAAUGGGGAUGAUGACACAACAAAUUCAACAAGUUUGUGGUAAAUGUGGUGGUAAAGGUCAAAUAAUUAAGAACCCUUGUAAGACAUGUCACGGAUCUAAAGUAGUACAAAAACCUAAAGAUUUUGAGAUAGAGCUUCCUGCAGGGGCACCAAGAAAAUUUGUUCAUGCGGAACAUGGAGCCGCUGAUAAACAUCCAGAUUAUGAUUCAGGUGAUGUAUAUAUUGAAUUUACUGAAAAUGAUAAAGAUAAUAUGGGUUAUAGAAGACGUGGACCACAUUUAUAUAGAACAGAAGUAUUAAAUGCAACGGAAGCACUAUAUGGUGGUUGGGAAAGACAAUUGGCAUUCCUCGAUUCAAGCAAGAUUGUUACAAUUAAGAGGGAACCAAAUAAGAUCAUACAAAAUGGUGAAACUGAGCGUAUAGCCGGAUUUGGUAUGCCAUUAGGAAAUGGCAGGAAAGGAUUUGGAGAUUUGUUUAUCGAUUAUGUUGUUGUCAUGCCAGAGUCGUUAAGCGGGGAGGAGCUAAGGAUGAGAGAUGAAUUAUAA